UCUGACGGGCGAGAGGUUUUGUAAUUUGAUAUCAUUCAUUUUUGUGCGGGGUGGUGCUGUGCCUGUGAAAUAAACAGGUUUUUUCCACUUCUCUCAGAGAAAUCUCUUCCCGAACCGGUUGGGGGGUGGGGGAAAAGAGCCACGUGAGUUUGCUUCCCGGGGGGGGGGAAGCCCCACUGGAGGUUUUCUCCUAAAUUUGCCCUAAACCAGGACAAAUACAUUCAUUGGCGCCCAGCGCGGGGCACGAGAGAGUGGAAAAACCCUGUACUGAUUGUAUUGAAGUGGCAAUUACUUUGUAUUGGGAUAAGAUAAAGCAGUCCCUAGCCAUCCAGCCAUGCUGCUUGAAUUAAUAAUGUCUUUUGGGGUGCAGGCCUUCAUGUGUUUCUGGUCGCUAGGCUUUUUUGAGGUUUUAAUACCUUUAUGGUCCCUUGGUUUAUUUUCUUAUCCACAACUAGCCCCGGUGUUGUCCCUAACACAUAGCUUUUACAGUAGAGGGGCACGGAUUAGAAUAGCUAUUGGGCUGGGCCUAGUGAUUAUGAUUUCUAAGAAGUUUAUUCAGGUGCUGGAGUCUGUUCCAAAUAUAAAGGAUUCAUGGGUAUGGUUAUGCACCCAGUUUGUUAAAGGAGGAGCAGGGAACGAGGCUUUUCAACCUUUCCUUUCCUUCUUCUCCUCUGAAUCGGUUACACCACUAUUGGCAAGUGUUCAGUUUCCCCUGAAUGUUAAAGAGACCAUCUUCCUGGCAUUUAAUCUGGUAAGUUUCCUCUAUACAGUCUUCAGCCUCUCUAGAAUGAGGGCUGAGAUUUCUAGAGGGACUGAUGAGACCCCUGAACCGAGCAUGGAAAAUCCUGAGUGGGGUGGAGAAUGGGAGGAUAUGGGCCAAAUCCUGAAGGAAUUCUCUGACCCUGUAGUUUGGGACUUCCCACAUGAACAAAUUCUGAAUCCAGCUGAGAUGGGGAAAUACCUGAAAGAGAAGUGUCAGGUUAAUUCCAAAGAAAAAAAGAUCAUUGCAGUAAGCUGGGCCCUGGCAUAUGCGUACCGUGCAUUGCUGGAUACUGUAGGGCAGCAAACAGGAGGAAGGGGACAGGGAGAUAAAUCAACAGCUACCCCAAUUACUCAGGCUGCAGCCAACCUCCCAGUUACAAAGCUGGUAGCUAAACCAGACAGCAAGCCUCAACCAAUGGCUGUUGCUACUAGCACAAGAAGUGGAAAGUGCACAAACAAAACCGAUCAACCAGGAACAGACUGUUGCUAUAUUUUAUAUAUUAGUAAAGGCCUGUAUGCACAAACCAGCCUUUGAACUAAGUCGUGAUAUUAAGGGCUAAAGUCCUUGAAACCUUCAUGCAGAAGAGAGAGUAAAGUAAAACAAUAUCCUUGUGUGUAAGAGAAAAAAUGUAAACUGUGUGUGUUAGC